AUGUUAUCGUCAUUCUUCGGUUACAUGAAAUAUCAAGCUAAACGAAUAGAAGACUUUGUUUCACACACUGAACAACCAUCACCACCACCACCCACACAAGACACGGACACCCAAGUCACACAAAACACGGUCGUCAAGGAAAGCCAAGUCAUGCAGCAAACGGCCGUGAAGGACACCCAAGUUACACAAGACAAGGCCGUCAAUUUGCCCCAAGUCAUGUCGGACAUGGUUGUUCAGGACACCGAAGUCACACAAGGCACGGUCGCUAAGGGCACCGAAGUCACAAAAGGCACGGUCGCUGAGGACACCAAAACAAGGCCGUCAAUUUGCCCCAAGUCAUGUCGGACAUGGUUGUUCAGGACACCGAAGUCACACAAGGCACGGUCGCUAAGGGCACCGAAGUCACAAAAGGCACGGUCGCUGAGGACACCAAAGUCACACAAGGUACGAUUGCUAAGGAGACCGAAGUCACACAAGGCACGGUCGCUGAGGACACCAAAGUCACACAAGGCACGAUUGCUAAGGAGACUGAAGUUACACAAGGCACGGUCGCUAAGGGCACCGAAGUCACAAAAGGCACGGUCGCUGAGGACACCAAAGUCACACAAGGCAUGAUCGCUAAGGAGACCGAAGUCACACAAGGCACAGUUGCAAAGGACACCAAAGUCACACUACACCAAAGUCCCACAAGGCAAGGUUGCCAAGGAGACCGAAGUCACACAAGGCACAGUUGCAAAGGACACCAAAGUCACACAAGGUACAGUCGCAAAGGACACCGAAGUCACACAAGGUACGGUCGCAAAGGACACCAAAGUCCCACAAGGCAAGGUUGCCAAGGAGACCGAAGUCACACAAGGCAUGGUUGCAAAGGACACCGAAGUCACCCAAGGCACGGUCAUUAAGGACAUCAAAGUCACACAAGACACGGUCGCAAAGGACACCAAAGUCACACAAGGCACGGUUGCAAAGGACACCAAAGUCACACAAGGUACGGUCGCUAAGGAGACCGAAGUCACACAAGGCACGGUUGCAAAGGACACCAAAGUCACACAAGGCACGGUCGCAAAGGAUAGCAAAGUCACACAAGGCACGGUUGCAAAGGAUACCAAAGUCACACAAGGUACGGUCACUAAGGAGAACGAAGUCACACAAGUUACGGUCACUAAGGAGACUGAAGUCACACAAGGCACAGUUGCAAAGGAUACCAAAGUCACACAAGGCUUACUGCGGAGGGCGAAAACAUUGUUUCACCCACUGAACAACCACCACCACCCACACGAGAUUCGGACACCCGAGUCACACAAGACACGGUCGUCAAAGAAACCCAAGUCACGCAGUGCACGGCAGCAGAGGACACUCAAGUCACACAAGACAAGGUUGCUAAAGGCACCGAAGUCAAACCGAGCACGGUCGCUAAAGACACUGAAGUCACACAGGGCACGGUCACUAAAGACACCGAAGGCACACAAAGCCCGGUCACUAAGGAGACGAAAGUCACACAAGGUACGGUCACUAAGGACACUGAAGUCAGACAAGAAACCGUCGCUAAGAAGAUCACAGUCACACGAGGCAUGGUUGCUAGGGACACCAAAGUCACACAAGACAAGGUCGCUAAGGCGACUGAGACCGAAGUCACACAAGGCACAGUUGCAAAGGACACCAAAGUCACACAAGGUACAGUCGCAAAGGACACCGAAGUCACACAAGGUACGGUCGCAAAGGACACCAAAGUCCCACAAGGCAAGGUUGCCAAGGAGACCGAAGUCACACAAGGCAUGGUUGCAAAGGACACCGAAGUCACCCAAGGCACGGUCAUUAAGGACAUCAAAGUCACACAAGACACGGUCGCAAAGGACACCAAAGUCACACAAGGCACGGUUGCAAAGGACACCAAAGUCACACAAGGUACGGUCGCUAAGGAGACCGAAGUCACACAAGGCACGGUUGCAAAGGACACCAAAGUCACACAAGGCACGGUCGCAAAGGAUAGCAAAGUCACACAAGGCACGGUUGCAAAGGAUACCAAAGUCACACAAGGUGCGGUCACUAAGGAGAACGAAGUCGCACAAGUUACGGUCACUAAGGAGACUGAAGUCACACAAGGCACAGUUGCAAAGGAUACCAAAGUCACACAAGGUACGGUCACUAAAGAGAACGAAGUCACACAAGGCAUGCCAUUAUGUUGAAGGGUUUAAACAGGCCUUUCAGAAAACAUUGUUUCACCCACUGAACAACCACCACCACCCACACGAGAUUCGGACACCCGAGUCACACAAGACACGGUCGUCAAAGAAACCCAAGUCACGCAGUGCACGGCAGCAGAGGACACUCAAGUCACACAAGACAAGGUUGCUAAAGGCACCGAAGUCAAACCGAGCACGGUCGCUAAAGACACUGAAGUCACACAGGGCACGGUCACUAAAGACACCGAAGGCACACAAAGCCCGGUCACUAAGGAGACGAAAGUCACACAAGGUACGGUCACUAAGGACACUGAAGUCAGACAAGAAACCGUCGCUAAGAAGAUCACAGUCACACGAGGCAUGGUUGCUAGGGACACCAAAGUCACACAAGACAAGGUCGCUAAGGCGACUGUAGUCACACAAGGCAUGGUCGGUAAGGUAAUCAAAGUCACAGAAGGUCUCGUUGCUAAGGACACCGAAGUCACACAAGGUCAGGCCGCUAAUGAGACUGAAGUCACACAAGACGCGGUCGUUAGUGAAACCCAAGGAUACGAUUUUUUUACCUGUACUGAUAUUUCAGAGUUUGACUGAAUGGUUGUACAUAGUGCUUGCAAUUUCUGUUGUUAACUUUGAUCUCCCACUGGAGCCGGCAGAGAGAGACCUUACAAUCAUGAAUACACUCUUGCUUUCCCAAGAGGCCUGUAACUAG